GGUUUCGUAAUCGCGUCGCCGGCGUUUCCGCCCUCGGCCGGCCCCACCUCUGCCGGCCCGCCCUCGACUCCCCGCCGUGUCGAGAAGCAGCCCGGGGACCCGGAGUGGCGGAGCCCCCGCCCGCAGAGGGGACGCCGGGAAGCCGCAGGAUUCCACAUCUAAAGAAGACAGGACCUUGAGCCUGCCUGCCUGCCCACCUGCCCGCCCGCCUGCCUGCCUGCCUGCCCACCUGCCCGCCCAAGCCUUUUACCACUGUUCUUAGUGGCCCCACCAAGGCAGAGACUCCAACCUUCACCGAAAGGCCACUUACUGGUCUCUAGGAUUUCUACCCUUUCCCCAAACGAUCCACAUCUGAGUGUGAGGACUGGUUGGUUAGCAACCAACAAGAGCCCCCUGGGGCCUCUGGCAGCGGCCUGAAGCUGGAACCUUCAGGGAAUAUGAGCGAGUUUUGGCACAAACUGGGAUGCUGCGUGGUGGAGAAACCCCAGCCAAAGAAAAAGAGAAGACGGAUUGACCGCACCAUGAUUGGAGAGCCAAUGAACUUUGUCCACCUGACUCACAUCGGCUCUGGGGAGAUGGGGGCUGGAGAUGGACUUGCCAUGACAGGUGCAGUUCAGGAGCAGAUGAGAUCCAAGGGAAACCGUGACAGACUGUGGAGCAAUUCUAGGGCCUUGUAGCUCCCAUGAGACUGGUUCUGAAGUCUUGGAAUUCCUGUUCUGUGUCCAGCCCAGAAGAAAUGCCAUCACUAGAUCCCUUCAACCAGUGACCCAAGGGCCCCGCUCUCUCUCUCUAACAAGUGCCUCAAAAGGAGUGGGGGCUGGACUCCCUCUACUCCCUCUGGCCUCUGCCCCUCCUGGAGAUGGGGGUCAAGGCAGCAGGACUGACCGAGUGACUACUAGUGGGCCAGAGGGCUUCAGCUGAAGCCCUGCACACCCUCGAUCUGAACUGGGGGUUCUCUGGGAACCUGUAAUAGGUUCCCUGCUCCUGAAUGAAGGUCGAGUGCCGCCUGUUUAAACUUCUUGCCUUUAUUCUUUAAUCGAGGCAGGCCGGGAGCCACAGCUGAACCCGACUUUACUACAAUGCUCCCUGCUUCCCUGCCCUCUCUUUCCUUCUAGAAUGAACAAUGCAGAGGUGAAGGGGCUGGGUGACCACUGCCCAGUCCACUCUGGAUUUCAGACCUUAAGGUCACAGCCCCACCAUGUCUCUCUGCUGGCACCAGGGUCUUGCUCCAGAUAGGCCUCUAAUCCCAUGCUUCUGUAGUAUUAAUAGCUUCCCAGAAAUAUUUUUUUUAAUUAAAAUUUUGAGUUCUUUUAAUUACCCCCAUCCUGCUAUCUCUGUCCUUUCCCCGCCCCUUUAAGAAACCGUAGGUUUCCCAUUGAGUAAGAGUUAAGGGAUGGAUCUUAAUUUGACCACAUUCCAUUUAAGACUUGGAGUCCUGGCCUACCCUCCAUCAGCCUCCCUGCUGGCCCAGGUGAAAGGAAGAGGGGGGUUCCAGAUAAAAAGCCAGGAUGUGGCAAACUUAGCUGUAUCUCAGGGUAGACUUCCUGUGAGGGUGAUGAGGUAAAUAGGUUGGAAGCUCUUUGGAGCACAGGCCCUAAGAUCCUUUCUGAAAGCAUGGCUUUUCAACUCCCAACACUUGAAAAUGGUUUGGACAGUUUGGGCUGCACAGUUCUUUGUAACGGAGGGCUGUUCUGCACAAACUACAGCAUCUCCGCUCCCCCACCGGCGCCACCCCAGUGUGGCAACCAAAAUAUCUCCAGAAAUUGCCAAAUGUCUCCCAGGGAUGAGAUCACCCACCAUUGAGAGUCAAGGUAUGUUUCCCUUAAGUGAUUUCCACAGGGCCCCCCACCCCCCCUCUGGUGAUUCAUCUUGAGCCGUGGGUGAGCUAGCGCCCUCCUAGGUCAUAGACUCAGCAGAGCUGCAUAUCCUUAUUUCAGAUGUGUUGCUCAAGUCUCUGUUCUUGAUCUCUUCCUGAGGGCUUUUCAUGGUGCCGAGAUGGGAACGGAGCAUGCUGGGAUGAGAGGAGAGGGACCUGAAGCUGCAGUGACGGUUAUGCUGUCUGUCCGCUAAGCAGCCUCUCUGCUCUAGUCUUUGAACCCAGCGUAAGACUCAGGGACUUUGGAAGAUCAGGUGUCACCACAUGGCCGAAGAGUGUGCUUUAGAUGGGGAAGCACUGUAGUAGCAGAGUCUGUAGGCCCUUUGUUUUCUCAGGUGUUUUUUGUUCUGGCCCUUUCUUUGCAGGCUGAUUAGAAAGGCAGAACAAGACAGAUGAGCUCCUGCCUGUUCCUAGGAGAGAGGACUGGGGUCUCAUUAGCUCUGUAAAAGGAAGCUUGUUUUGUGGUAAUGGGUCAGGGUUGUGGAAACUGAUCCGCUCCUGCUGACUCCAUCCAUCCAGUUACCCCUUGCCUAGUGACCGAGGUUUUCAUUUGUCCAAAGCCUUGCGCCCCAUGGUGGCGUUUCAGGCUCUAAGACUGGUCAUGGAUGUCCAUUCGGUGUUUGCCUCCUUGAGGUUCCAGUCAGGCCUGCCUCCUUCAACGGAGUUUUACCUUGUUGCCCGAGAGCAGUUUGCAGACACAGAGGACCUGAGCCCCCUGCCAGCAUGCUCCAGGGAAGGCCAUGAACAUCAGGUCACCUUGGCAAAAGGCUGGGCACUGUGUGGGGUUAACUGGAGAGGACACAGUGUAGGUGACCCCUGAGCUUCAGGCUCACGUUAGUUUCUUCAAGCACGGUCUCCUGCCUCGAGCUACCUUCUCUAGUGUGUCUGCUGCCACCACUUAACAAGGUGAUUGGAAUGAGUUUGAGUCAUAAUUUAUAUUAAAAAGCUGAUGGACUUUUAAGAUAAUUUUUUUUUCAAAUAAAAGAAUUAAGCAAAA